AUGGCAUUUUUUGGUACCCCUUCUACUUCCACAUCUACCGGAACAACUUCUGGUCAAUCCCAGCAAGUGAAGCAACAAAUCCAAGAGCAAAUCAGUCAAGAAUUAGCAGUUGCCAACGCUACUGAAUUAGUGAACAAGAUAACGGAAAACUGCUUUGAAAAGUGUGUAGAACAGCCCCAAAAUGGUUUAAACCCACAACAAGAUGCUUGUGUUAACCAAUGUUUAGAAAAGUAUAUGAGAUCGUGGAACGUGGUAUCGAAAUCGUACAUCACCAGAAUCCAACAAUCAUCCAACUAA